ACUGCUAAUGCUUUUGCGGCCCAACAUUACCCACUGGCCACUACCCCCAUUGCGCUACAGUAACAUUUCCCCAAUCGGUGGGUUACGGAACCCCCGUCGCCGCCUACGCCGCCGCCGUCGCGUCCGACGAACAAUCGCACCCUACGCCGCCGCCUCAAGCCAAGCGGCGCCAUGGAGGAGAAGAGCUCUGGGCACAAGAAGGCAAGGGCGACCAACCCUCCGGCGUCGGCGCAGGAGAUGGCGGCGGCGGCCAGCCCCCUCACGGAUGACCUCAUCGUGGAGAUCCUGUCCCGCCUCCCCGCCAGGUCCGUCCACCGCGUCAAGUGCGUCUCGCCGUCCUGGCGCGCCCUCAUCGCGGACCCGGCCAACCGCAAGAAGCUGCCCCAGACCCUCGCCGGCUUCCUCUACAGCACCUACCACUGGGCAGAUCCUCGCUUCCAAAAGUUUCAUUUGGCCAACGUCUCCGUCGGCGCAGCCCCGCCGGUCGACCUGUCCCUCUCUUUCCUGCCACCCGACAAGUACUUGUACGUCGACCAGCUGGACGCCUGCAAUGGCCUUCUCCUCUGCCUCUGCUACAUGGCCCCUUCUUCUCCUUCAACGGACAAGCGUACGCCGCUUGAAUCUCAUUUCAUCGUGUGCAAUCCGGCCACCAAGAGGUGGGUCGAUCUGCCCCCUCACGCCAAGGUGCCAAAUGGCCAUCGCGGUGUAGCUCGUUUGGGUUUUGAUCCAGCAGUAUCGUCCCAUUUCCAUGUUCUUCAGUUUGAGAAGACCGAUCAGGAGGAUUGCGUCACAGGAGUGAACAUCUACUCUUCGCAAACUGGAGCUUGGAAGCGUAGACAAAGCCGCUUGGUUGAGAAAAUUACCCUGUACGCUGGCCUUGCAAGUGUCUUCUUUCACGGUAUGCUGCACUUGCUUGGUAUGCUGAAACCCAUGAAGUUGGACGACGAUGCUGUGCUGGUAGCAGUGGACAUGGAGGGGCAGGUGUGGAAGGCUAUCCGUGUGCCGUCAGGUGGUUUGAGUUUUGGUACGAUUGGAUUGUCACAGGGGUGCUUGCACUAUGCUACCACACCCCUAGGUAUUGUUGACAAGAACAAGAAGGAGGAUACAUCCCUAGCUACCAAGAUAGCAUCAGUCUGGUGCAUGGAAGAUUAUGAUAGUAAAGAAUGGGUCUUGAAGCAUAGUGUCAGCAAUGAUGAGUUAGGAAGCAAAACUAGGGCGGAGUACAAGGUGACUGCUAUUCAUCCAGACCGUGACACUAUUUUCCUGGAUUCAUGUGAUGUUGAUACAUUGGCAUCUUAUGAUAUGCAACAUCGGGAAUUCUGUCGUAUCCUUAAUCUUAAGAAAGACAGAGCACCACUAUUUGUACCCUAUGUUCCACUAUUCUCAGACUCAUUAGCAGGUGCAGAUGGUCAGUAGUGUCAGCUCAAGUAGCCGCUAAACUCAAGCUUGUGCUUCUUCAAGGAAUUGGCUCAUCUUCUGUAGGCUGGACUAUUUGUCUGUUAAUUUCUGAAUCUACUUAAAUUAUAUCCUCAAUUUGCUGGCGCGUAUACUCCUGCUAGCUUGAUUUUCUGUUCGGAGCAAUCCCUAGUGACCUCAGAGGUUAAGCAUAUUGCAGUCCCAAAGAACAUGGUUACUGUUUUUCUUGUUUGUCCUAGAUACAAAUUAGUUUCAUGUGGCUAAAUUAUUCUGAAAUAUGGUUUUCUUGGCCAUAAUAUUUAAGGCUUAUGUGCGCCAAGUCCUAAUAUGGCGACUGUGGUCUGAUUUGUUUUUA